AUGGUACCCGAUCCACCGCCCACACCGCGCUUGAACAGCCUCCUGAGCGGCUUCCAGGUCAACAGCGACCCCCUCUGGGGCACGUCCUCGGAGGCUACCGCCAUUCUCGCCCAGGUCCAAGCCUGGCUCGCCUCCAAGAAUGCCUCGCUUCAGCCCAUCUCCGACGUGCCUCUCAUCUACUCGCAGGCCGUCAUGGAACAUUUUGGCUUCACGCGUAGAGACAUGCGGAAGCCUGGCAGCUUCAAGUAUCUCUGUGGAUGGCCGCAGCUCACCACCCCGAGAAAGGACGGAAGGCUCGCCCCCGUCCGUGGUCGGAAGGGCUGGGGCGUACACCCCGCACUGUCCUUUAAUCGUGUUGACGGUUACAACCCCACGGUUUACCUCUUCUUCCCAUCGCUAGCUAUCUGCACAGAAUGCAAGCUGACAGCAAGCUUCCCCGGCCGCUCCUUGUGCAAGAAUGCCAGUGCCGCCCGCUUCCCGACCCUGUUCAGCACACCCUCCUUCGCCCGCAACAAGCUCGGCGACUGCAACUACUGCAAGUCGCGCGACCUCGUCUGCUCCGCGCGCAACUGGACCUUCCUCGGCUCGACGGGCACGCUGCCGGACAAGCACACGCUGGAUGAGGCGGUCGCGUACGAGCAGUGGAUGGAGGACCACGCUGUCGAUACGGAGUUCACGCAGCAGUUGGUGAAGCGCAAGCGCGCAUCGGUUGGCGGUACGCAGAGCAAGAAGAGGACCAAUCCGAGAGUUAGCUCGCCGCGCAGCUUGCCCACGCAAAGCGCCAGCUCGCACCGCACCCCUUCGCCGCAGUUACCGCCGACACCAGAUUCGCGGCCGACUGUGACGCCUGCUCAGCCAAGUUCCGCUGCGUCCAGUCUGGGUCCCUCUAACCAUGACAAUGAGCGCCGUAACAACCCUCCCAACGUUGUUAAUGGCCCCGGCUUUUCUUCAUCCUAUCACCCAACCCCAGCUACCGGCAACCGCCUCUUCCCUGUGGGUACCAUUCCUGCCACGAACAGCAUUCCCGGAACCUCUGUGACUCCAAGCCCGAUUCCUCCCGCGGCGAGCAGCAGCGUCAUCAACCUCGGCAACACCGCCAACGAGACUUCGGCACCCUUGCUCGGCUCAUCCCAAAACCCCCUAAGCAUCUCUCUCCCGACUCCCAGCUCCCUACCCGGCUCAUCCCUCAACGCGACCCCCAGCUCUCUACCCAGCUCAUCCCUCAACGCCCUGGGCAUUACCCUCCCGACCCCGCGCCACCCCGAAGAAGUCAUGGCCGCGCACAACCUCCUCUGGACCGAGUAUCAACUGCAGCAAACGCGUCUCGCCGCCAUUCCCUCGCUCGAAUCCCACAUUACGCAGCUCUCCGCCUCGCAAGCGUCGCAAGCCUCCCUCUCCGCGCUGGAGGAAGAACUCUCGUCCUUGCGCUCGACCCACACCUCCGUGGAGGGAGAACUGCAACUGGCACAAGUCGAGCUCACAGUCCUGCGUGCGGGCCAGCGGGCACGGGAUGAGCGGAUCGCCGCGUUGGAGCGUGAUGUGACAGGGGCAGAACAACGCGCCGAGGCGAUGAAGCAGCGCAUGCAGCAGCGCGCAGCCGAGAUGGAGCGCCGUGCCCGCGCCGGCGAGGCGGCGGCGCAGCACGCACAGUUUGCGGACGAGCGCACACUCGUCGUGCAGCAGACUCUUGGCCGGGCCGAGGCGCGUAUCCGUGCUUUGGAGGCGGAUGUGGCCCUGAGCAAGGUGCAGGCUGAGAAUGCCCGAGUCGAGCUCGUGGCAGCCCGGGCGGAGACGGCGCAGGCAAGAGAGGAGAGCAGCGUCGCGAAGGCGGAGGCGGAGCGCUUGAGGGAGCUGAUCCGGGCCGAGGAAGAACCGGAGGACGGCGAGAUCAGCGAUGAUCCCAUCGCGCUGCUGCUUGUGAGGCGUAAGCUCGCGCAGACACAGAAGCGCCUUGCGGCAGAGCAGAAGGAGAAGCAGGCUUUGACUGCCGAGUUGGCGCGGGUGAGGGCUGAGCUGGAACGCGCCACCUGCCCCGACAUUGAGUUCGAGUGGUGA